AUAAAGGGUUAAUCUUAUUCCGUGCAUUCGUGCGGCUGUCCGCGGCAUUACAUAUACUAAACGAAGCCAGUGUGACACUCGCAAUGCAGAAACUAGCGUUGUCUCGGGCAACAGUGAGACUUUCGUUUGUGGUCGGCUGCAAUGUAACUUGUAUUACCAACAAUUUUGCGUCUGCGUCUGUCAUUUUCCGGUGAUAAGUUGGAACAGGGUCGACCUGUGUGCUGUAUCAUCUGAACAACAAGCGAAGGAUGUCCCGCAGUCGAGACCUAAACUCUAACCCAGAUCAGUUUAGGAUUCUCAACACCAAUGAGCUCCGGGAUCUUUUACAAGAUGAAGCAACAAUGGACCAGAUCAUCAGACUCAGUCAAAAGUUUCAGGGCCUGCAGGUGGACCGGGAGGCCCUGCUGACGGCCAAUCGCGGCCUGGCGGAGGAGAACCUCUCUCGACGGCCGCGUCUGCAGAACCGCAAGCUGCUGCUGGCGGAGAAGUACCGGGAACUGGAGGAGCUGAUGGCCGCCUGCCGUGAAAAGCAAAGCCGACUCGACGCGUGCAUAGAAAGGCAUGGCCCUCCGAUGGCCCAGCGUCUUCUCCAGGAAGAGGUGGUCCGUGCUGAGGAGAAAUCUGAGGACCUCCUGGAGAAGUUCAUGGCGGGCGGCAUGUCGCUGGAGGGGUUCCUGGAGUCCUUUCACAGCUCCCGGAGAGCGUACCACAUCCGCCGCGCCCAGGCAGAGAAGCUCCAGGAGUUGUGCAGGCCGCGGAGGAAACUACGGAACCUCAACGAGGCCAAGAAGGAGUCGGGCGAGCGGCACGAGCCUCCCGCCAACGGCCUCGCCUCUCAGGGUCCGCUGCGUGUCUUUCAGCUCCGCUACGGCCUCACCCCGGCCAUCAUCCUCCCCCGCCUCCCCCUCGCCUCCAGUCCAGGCCCCUGCCUACCUCCUCUGGAUAAGCGACUAGGCCAGCCCCAGGCUUUCGGGCCUAGCGCUCCCCUUCCGGGCCCCGGCCAGCCGGUAGGCCUCAGAGUGAUCGGCCAGCUCCCAGGAUGGUCGGCCAGGCCCGUGCGUUUACAGCAGCUUUGCAGGCAACCAAACCACCAUCACCAGCAGCAGCAGCCAGACCCCCCGUUGCGAUAACGCGACUGCUUUCCGUCCACACCAACUGCCGGGUGACAUUACAGACUUCCGCAGAAAAUCGUUGACUGACAUCUUUCUCGGUAUGGUAUGGGAAGUCAUGGCCAGCCGAGGCGACGGCAUAUUGAACACUGCCACCACUAAGGGUUGUUAUUGAUUAGGUCUAAGUUAUUGAUAUGAUCGAUCAGUCGAUUGGAAUCAAUAAAAUGGCUCAAAGUUG